AGAGAAAGUGAGAAAGGAAACGAAGGGAAAAUUAAAAAAAAAAAAAAAAAAAAAAGGAAAAAGAAAAAGAAAUGAAAGCUUGCUGCGGAGGAAAGAAGCAAACCUAAACAACCACCAAAAGGGUUUUAUUCUGAAUCCUCAUUUACUCGGAGGAGAGUGAAGUUGCUGGAAAAUUUACUCUGCAUUCGUUGGCACAGAUCGGUCCCUCUCUCCCAAGUUUUCUGAUCCAUACUUACAGACAAAAGCAAUAAAUGCUUCUAGAUCGGAGUGUCCGAUGCGACAUUCGUCGCAUUUGUAACUAGCAUUUCAGCCCCGCUUUCCUUUUUUUAUUUUGAGAUCGUAGUAUCACUCAACGAUUUCUUGCUCUUUCUUUGAAGAAAUUUGACUCGGGGAAGAUUGGUUAGUCUAGUUACGGUUAGUAGUUUUCAGUAGUGAAUUUUUCUCUGCAGUUUGAACUUUGAACUCCAAUGGGGAGUUCAGUGGUUUGUGGAAGUUGAAUUAGGUUUUGGUGGAGUUAUCACUGGCAAUGUUGGGUUUUUUAGCUGGACGGAAAUCUAGGGUUUCAGACUCUCAAAUUGGUUGUUUUCUGAAUUUUCUUAUGGACGUUGAGCCUCUACUCUCUUAUUGGUACUGUUGUUGCAGUCUCAAUGUUAUUAUAUGCAAUUAUGUGUUCAAGCGAUAAGAUUCUACGUUGAGUCGAUGUGGUCUCACAAUGUAUGGUUUUCGGCUGGUAAUAUGUUGUCGGAAUCGGAAUUAUUUUAACUUGGUGAAUUACGCGAAGUUGGCUAAUGAAAGCCGCACAUGGUUUUUUAUGAUUUGAUUGUGGGCAGAACGUGGGGAAGGACAUCUAGUUUCUUAGUGAGCCUUGUAGUUAGCUGAAUGGAUAUUGUGGGGCUUUUGUUUUGGUUCAACCAUUGUAUGAUUUCGGGGGGUACGGAGAGGUUGGGGUGACACUUCCAAAAGGUUUAGUUUUAGGUGCCGAGAUGCCUCCUUCUCCGGUGUUGAGAUACUCUCCAGGGAGAGAGCCCGGAGGAGCCAAUCACAAGCGAGGACAGAGUUUCGAGAGUGGAUUGUUGUUCAGUGAGAAAGAUGACAAUCUUGCUUUGUUCAACGAAAUGCAGACCAGGGAAAGAGAGAAUUCCUUGCUUCUGUUGACUGAUGACAUUGAAGACACGUUUUCGACAAAAUUGAGGCACUUUUCAGAUUAUAAGCUUGGAAUCUCCAUUCCUGUUCGUGGAGAGAAUAGUGACCUGCUUAAUGCUGACGAGGAGAAGAAUGACUAUGACUGGUUAUUAACUCCUCCAGACACUCCUCUGUUUCCUUCAUUGGAUGAUGAGCUGCUACCAGCUAAUGCUGCUCCCAGGGGCAGACCUCGGAGUCAACCUAUUUCUAUCUCAAGAUCUUCCACGAUGGAGAAGAGCUACAGAAGCAGUAGGGGUAGUUCCAGUCCAAAUCGCUUAAGCCCAUCUCCUCGGUCUGGGAGUAGCACGUUCCAGUCGAGGGGAAGGCCUUCAUCAGCAACUCAUUCCAGUCCACCUCUAGGUCUACGGCAUGCUUCUCCAUCACGGAGACCAUCUACUCCUCCUAGUAAACCCUCGACACCUACUCCAAGGUCGUCUACCCCGACUCCUUGGAGGAUGAGCACUGGGUCCAGUGGUACCAUAGCCUCACCAGGGACAAGGGGAACUUCACCUAUAAAGACAAAUCGAGGAAACUCUGUAUCGCCAAAAAUAAGGGCAUGGCAAACUAAUAUUCCGGGGUUCUCCUCUGACGCACCUCCCAAUCUCCGUACUUCUUUGGCUGAUCGGCCAGCAUCAUAUGUGAGGGGUUCCUCACCAGCAUCUAGAAAUGGUAGGGAUUCUACCACCAAAGUCAGCAGGCAGUCAAUGUCCCCAACAGCUUCUAGAAGCAUCAGUUCAUCUCAUAGUCAUGAUCGUGACAGAUUCAGCUAUCACAGCAAAGGCUCUGUAGCAUCAUCUGGUGACGAUGAUAUAGAUUCUCUACAGUCCAUUCCUGUGGGUAGUUUAGACCGAGCAACUUCAAGGAGAGUUGGGCCAUUAUCAAAUAAUCGAGCUCUGCCCUUUUCGAAGAAAUCUACUAGAAUAGCAUCCUCAACAUCUGCUCCAAAAAGAUCAUUUGACCCUGCCCUUCAACAGAUGGAUAACCGGAAGAGUCCUCAGAAUAUGUUCAGACCACUUUUAUCUAGUGUCCCCAGCACCACCUUUUAUGUUGGAAAAGCAAGUUCUGCACAUCGUUCUCUGAUAUCUAGGAACUCAGUCACAACAAGCAGCAAAGCAAGUUCUGAUCGUGCUGCAGUUGAUAAUGAAGGUGGUGACCAGAACCAGGAUGACAUGGCAAGUGAAUGUGGGAAAGUUGCAUAUCCUGAUGUUCAAGAAGUCUUUGCCUUUGAUAAGAUGGAUGAAGUGAAUGAAGACAGUGGCCAUGAAAUGCAUGAUGUAUCACUUCGCAUUCAGCAUGGUGAAUUUGUUAAAAGUCCUGCAGCUGAUUGUGGCUAUAUCGUCUCUGAAAACUUUGGUCACCAUGGUAUUGCCUUGGAAAUCAGUGCAACUUCUGAAGCUUCUCAAGUCAAGGCUGAUUCUCCAGGAGUUGAUAUUCUUGAAAAUAUGGCAAGUUGUUCAAGGUGUGGUUCAGUGUACAGUGUUGUUGAUGAAGUGGAACGGGGCAUUAAACUUUGUCCGGAAUGCCGUCGGAAAGAUGACAUUUUGAGUGUUAUAAUUUCGGACCCAAGAAGUGUAGUUGCUGUAAACUCCCCAGUGACGUCUAUGAUUUCUGAAGAAGAAAAACCUUCUGAUGAGAUGGAGCCUGUAAUUGUUGUACCAGAAUUUGUACCCAUUACUUGUGUGGAUGAACGAAGGGUUUCUGUGGGUGAAGAGACCGCUGAGCAAGGCCAAAUUCCCCAGAGUGCGCAACAACAAAACUGCUCUCCAGAAUAUGCAAGGUUGUUGGUGGAGGAAGCUGAGCUUAUGGAUGUCAAUCGGCAAGAGGUGGGCCAACCAACUGUUGGUUACAGCAUAACUGGUGAUGACACUGUGGGUCAGCAACUGCAUCGCUAUAAUGACUAUCCAAAUUUGAAGGUUGAUUUUUCGGAAGGCACAGGCAUAUCCAUAUUGCUGAAGAGGCCAAGUAGUAGCAAGGGGCCUGUUUUCCAAGGCAGGACAUUUGCCGCUACUACAAUACUUUAUGAUGAUCGGUCUCAUGCAAGAGACAGUGCAAGCAGUAUGAGAAGCUCCAUUGGGCAAGGCAGUUUCUCGGCAUCAUCCUCUACUGAUUUCAGCUUAGCUAGACAAUUGGAAACUCAUAUACAACGGCAGUCAAGUGGCAGGAAAGCAGACAUGGAGAAUGGUAGAUCUGACGUAAACAUGAAGUCUCAAAGCACUGGGUCGCCUUUAUCUGGAAUUUCAAACCAUGGUCACCGAGGGUUAGAAAACCUUGUGGUUUCCGAUGGCAAUGUGGAACAUGCUGUAGUGGAAAAACCAAGAGCUUUCGAAGAGCAAGCACUUGUGUCGGAGUAUGCACUAGCAGAUGCUACCGGUACAUAUUUUACCAGGACAGGUGUUGUUGAGACUGAUAAUUCUGAAUGUAAUGAUUGUAGAACGGUUGAUGUUUCCAACUUGGGAUUGUCCCAUCGUAUUGAUAGUGUUCUGCUAGAGAACAAUUCGGUAGCAUCAUUUCCAAAUUAUGAGAGGAAUUACACUGCUUAUGCAAAUGGUGAGUAUAUCCCAGAAAACACAAGGAGUGUCAUGGAUGUGGAAGCAACUAUUAGAACUCCAGAGUCCUCUUCUGGAGAGGAACUUGUCAUGAUGAACAGUAGCACUGAUGAAGUGGAUGAUGCACAGGUUCCUUCACAGAGCUCUGUGGUUACUUUGUCACAAGUGGAAACUGAAAAGUGCUGUCUGGGUAACCCUGGUUCACAGAUUGAUGAGGUCUGUCUCAUAUCGAUGAGCACCAAGGUUGAAUUGCAGGAGUCUUCAGUUUCAGACCCCAACACCUCUGAUCAUGCAUAUGGCAUCCUUGAGGAAUCAGCAGUAAUGGUAGACUGUCAGGGUGGAAGUAAGUCAAGGAGUGUAACACUGGAGGAAGCCACGGAUGCAAUACUUUUCUGCAGCUCCAUUGUCCACAAUCUGGCCUACGAAGCUGCAAACCUGGCAAUUGAGAAGGAAAACUCAAUCUCAUUGGAAGGUUCAUGGCCAACAGUUACAAUAUUGGGGAAAUCGAAUUCUGAUAGAAAAAUUGCACGCAGAACCACUGGCAAACCACGUGCUUGGAAAGCCCACAAGGCCAGGCAAAGGCAGGUGGAAACAGAUGUGAAGUAUGCAUCCAAUAAGACCGAGAAUGAUGAGAACGCCGACGACUCUUUGAACUGCAAUGUUGGGGUUCCCAACAAGGUGGACAGCAUGGAGCCUCCAAAGCUGGAAUCCAAGUGCAACUGCACAGUAAUGUGAAGUCUCCCCAUUUGUACUCAGGUCGUGCUCAUGCUGCCCUUAUAACCCAUGCUAUUCCCUAACUUAAUGUUUAGUGCUUGAUGGGCUGUCUGACUUAUUGCCGAUUGGGUUCUGAUAAUUGUAAAGUAAUUAUUAUUUUUUCUU